AUGUCCAAUUUUGUUUUGCCUCCGAAAAUACAAAUAGACAUUUCCGAUCGACGGGCACAACAAAUUAUAUACAAAUCUCUAAAGCACCCCGCCGCCAGAUUAGCAAUGUUCAAGGAUGAAGAGCUUGCGACAGCAGUCGUUAUUGAUAAUGGGUCUGGUGUAUGCAAGGCUGGUUUCUCGGGCGAGGCAACACCGCGUGUUGUUUUCCCCUCUAUUGUUGGACGUCCGCGCCAUAUGAAUGUGCUCUUCGAUUCAUUGAUAGGCGACAGUGUAAUAGGCGAGGCAGCAGCAAGCAAGCGCGGCAUACUUACGCUUAAGUAUCCUAUUGAGCAUGGGGUUGUAACCAAUUGGGAUGAUAUGGAAAAGAUCUGGACUCACACAUAUGAGCUUUUGCGCGUCGAGUCCGAUGGGCAUCCGGUGCUGUUGACCGAAGCGCCUCUCAAUCCGAAAAAGAAUCGUGAGAAACUGACCGAGAUCAUGUUCGAGACAUUUCGCGUACCAGCACUCUACGUAGCUAUACAGGCGGUAUUAUCACUUUAUGCCACCGGACGCACUAUUGGCAUUGUCGUGGACUCUGGCGAUGGCGUAACGCACACAGUACCUAUCUACGAAGGAUAUGCUUUGCCGCACGCUUGCAUGCGCCUCGAUUUGGCAGGCCGGGAUUUGACCAAUUAUCUAACCAAAAUAUUAAUGGAACGGGGUCACUCGUUCACAACCAGUGCUGAGCGAGAAAUUGUACGAGAUCUGAAGGAGAAACUGUGCUAUGUAGCCAUCAACUACCAGCAGGAACUGGAAGAUUCAGUCAAUUGCAGCAAAAAGGAUAAUGCUAAUGGCCUUAAUAGCACGGAAGAGGCAUAUGAGCUACCCGAUGGCCAAAUUAUUAUUGUUGGUAAUGAACGCUUCCGUUGUCCAGAGGCUCUGUUCCAGCCCAGCAUGGUGGGAAUGGAGAUACCUGGUAUACACGAGGCAACCUUCAACUCCAUACAAAAAUGCGACAUGGAUCUACGCAAGGAAAUGUAUGCAAAUAUUGUGCUCUCAGGAGGUUCGACUAUGUUCAAAAAUAUAGAGCAGCGCCUGCAACAAGAUAUUGAACGAAUGGCACCGUCAUCCGUAAAAAUCAAGAUUUCAGCCGGUCCGGAGAGACGUUUCGCCGUGUGGUCUGGCGGUUCUGUUCUAUCAUCUUUGUCCACGUUUCAAAACAUGUGGAUCGACGGCGCAGAAUACGAUGAAGUGGGUCCUAGUAUUAUACAUCGAAAGUGUUUUUAACUUACCACAUUUGCAAAACCGUCGUUUGGCCGAAGCAGGCUUUUUCAAGAAACUUAUAUAUAUUUUUUUUAUGUUAAAAUGGGUUUGAUUGGCAAAAAGUACUAAAUUGUUUGAUAAAAGUAAAAAUAAA